AUGAGUGACGCAUCGUUCACCAUGCAGGACAUUCCAGGGAAGGGGAAGGGUCUCGUCGCAACACGCCCGAUUGCUCGAGGCGAGCUGAUCCUAGCGGAAGAGCCUCUCCUCUCUCAGUCUCAGCCUCAUUCAAUCGCAACGGUCCUAGCCGCGCUAUCCUCCCUCUCUGACAACGACCAGAGGCGGUACUUCUCCCUCGCAAAUGCUCUCAAAGGCGACUACUCUCCUCCCCUCGGAAUCUUCAAGACAAAUGCGCUUCCAUGCGGGGACAACGACGCAAGCAGAGGGCAUGCCGCAGCCAGUGCGGCGAUCUUCGUCAUCGGUUCACGCUUCAACUCGUCUUGCCAGCCCAACGUGAACAAUUACUGGAACGAGGAUCUCCAGAAGAUCGCGUUCUGGGCCACCAGCGACAUCGCGGAGGGCGAAGAGCUGUGCAUUUGCUACGGCGACCUGUGGAAGGCGCGCGAUGAUAGGCGACGCAGGUUGGAGUCGUCAUUCCGUUUCGUGUGCCAGUGCGUCGCAUGCUCAAGGGAGGGAGCUUCCCUCAAGGAGAGCGACGAGCGUCGUAAUGCUAUCGCCAAGCUGUAUGACGAGAUCGGAGCUUGCGGAAAUACUCCGUCUGUUGGCGUUCGGAAGGUCAAGUUGGCACUUCGUCUCUUAGCAGAAGAGAAUUUGCUCGAGUGUCACGCCUCAUUCUAUUACGAUGCAUUCCAGUUCUGCGUUAGCGUUUCGGACGUCAAGAAUGCGAAAGCAUGGGUCACGAAAGCGUGGGAGGCGUUUUCCGUAAUCCGAGGCCCAGACAGCGAGGAUGCGAAGAGAAUGGCCACGUACAUGAAGGAUGUACGUCAACAUCGGUCGUUCGGCCUUCUUCCCCGAGCGAAGCUGAGCGGUCCGGAGACCUGAGUCCUGCGAGCGAAGGCAUGCCGAUGAAAGCGUGUCGCACGUCGAGAUCCUGGGCAUAUGUAAUAACCACACCAGAGCAAUGUACUGUUUGACUUUAUGGCAUU